UCGUGGCGCACUUUCCUCAUCGGCCGCUCCGCGAAACGUGAGCCCCAGAGCUCCCACGUGAGUGCUUCAGUCGUGUCCGGUGUCCGGGCCGCAAUGUGUACUCCUGUCUUUCUGUGUGCCAUCAUCGUAGUGACGUCGGCCGCCUCUCAGUACAAGACAACGCGGUACUCCAGCAGUAACGGGUACUCCUACUCUUACUCCGGGAGUUGGUCCAACAGCUGGUCCGGCAACAGCGGUAGCAGUCACAUCAGUAAACCUGUGCAAACAGUAUUUAGGCCUGUGCAAACUGUGCAAUCUUUUACUCCUGUGCUGACCUCUGAGGUUGUGGAGCCUCUAAGGAUUAGUAAUGUUAACGAGGCCACGACUUUGGAGUUUCUCAAUCCGAGUGGCGUAAGGAUUUCUGUAGCAGGUCCAUAUCCAGAAAGCAGCUCUUAUACAGUAAAGUUCCACUUGAACCUGAACCAUGGAUUUAACGGGGCUAAGACUGGCGACUACAACAAGGAGCUGACCUUGGCUCCUGGGAGCACCUGGAGUUACACCUUCCCUGACAUACAACCUCGGGGUGGAGAGUCUGUCCAUUACCUGGUGGAGGUCAACGGACGUAAUGGAAACCGCUGGUGGAGCAGGGAUUACACGGGAUUCUAUCAGCUUCCACAACGAGUCACAACCCAAGGGUCUUGGUCGGUGCAAAUAAAACCAGGAUCUUCGGGAGUCAUCCAAAAUAUUCCUUAUGCAGUUGAGCAAAAACCGAUUUACUAUCCUUCACCUAAACCAACCGUAACUGUCCAACCACAGAGACCCCAGAUUAUUCAAACCCCUAAACCAUAUGUACCUGUCAAACAGCGACCAGUUGUAGAACACACACCUGCGCCUAGACCAGUUGUGGAUAACACACCGAGACCGGUCGUGGAUAAUAGACCGGUACCUAGACCGACCGUUGUUCAAGAACCACAGUCUCUAGGUAACAGACCCCCCUCCAAACCGCAGACGGAUAAUUCACCCCCCAGAGUGGGAGACCAACAGGUGUGUCCCCUAUCUUUGACUACGUUUAACAACGGAAAGAGGGCAUGUGCAGGAAGACCUGUAGUCACAAAGUUUCCGUUCAACAGCAUCGAACAGAUCGCCGGAUACGAACCAGAGGAACUGUUCACUAUAUUCUUACACAAAAAUGCUUUGAGGAACAACCAAUCUGACUACUAUGUGACAACUAUCUUCCCUUCACUCCUGGAGGAGGAAUGCGGCCAAGGGUGCGUCGACAGGACAUUUUCCCUAAAAAGAUGCACUUCCAGGAACCCUAACCUAUGUAGUGCAACUGGUAAAGGAUACUUUAUCUUACCUCCUAUUUUGUCUGGAAGAGAAACAACAAUGGGAACUCUGUCCUUCUGCUAUGGUACCUUAGAAGUAAAUGCUAAACUGCCCGUGGGCGACUGGGUAGUUCCAGAACUGUGGCUACUCCCCAAGGACCGCAAGUACGGCGCCAGUUCCGGCCGUAUCGUGAUGGCGAUGUCCCGCGGUAACCAGGAGUUGUCUGACGGCGUACAGGACCACAGCAGUCGGGUACUGGAGGCGGGCGUGGUCACCAGCGCCGGCAGUCAGAUGUUCCGUACCGAACAGCUCCAGUCGUGGUCUGACAGCUACCACAGGUUCAAGGUGGUAUGGACCCCAGAUCGUAUAGAAUUUUACGCAGAUGACAAGAAGCUAGGGCAAGUUCAACCCUUGGACAAAUUAGAUCCAUCCAUAGGCGGAGGAAAAAUGGCACCAUUUGACCAAGAGUUUUAUCUCUCUUUUGGAGUUCAUGUUGGAGGCGAUAAAGACUUUCCGGAUUCCUUACGUGGUAAACCCUGGGCCAAUGGUGAUCCUAAGAACAAGCUCAAUUUCUGGAAAGAUCGGCAAAAAUGGCUUUCGACCUGGAAUGACGGAACCGCACUACAGAUUGCUGGAGUUACUUUAACAGCGUUGAGUUAAUGAUAUAAAAUGUAUUUGGACUCACAUUGACUAUAUUGAACUCACAUUAAUAAUUUCAAAGAAACGUAGAACAAAACGUAAAAAUGUCCAAUUUUCGUUAAACGUAUAACCUUUCACAUGUGACCUAAGCUUCCAGAGGAGCAAAAUGUAUCUUAUUUUUAAGAAAGAUUAUUAUCUUUGUAUUUUGUGUAAAAGUGGUGUAAUAUUAAUAAAUAUAAUUCAUAUAAAAUAAUGAGUUUAACAAGUUAUUUAUAUACACGUUUCAUUAACCAUAGAUGUGUAAACUUAAGAUACUUAUAUAUGUUAUGUCAUUGAGACACUUUGCGUAUUUGUCAUUAGCACGAAAUAAAGUGAUAUUUGUAACUUUAAGUAUUUUCUUUUGAGUGCAGCAUAUGUAUUAGUUAUUAGAUAGUAUAUGCUGUAGAGGAUAUUUAUGGUAGAAGUAUGAGUAGUUUAUAUCAAUCUUAUAGCUCAUUCUAAAUAGCCAAAUUAUAUAUUUAAAAUGGUGUUAUUUUUACUUUACAUACCACGAUAGGCAAUAUUGGAAAAUAUUUUCUGUUGCAAUUCCAACUACUGCUAUUUUAUCAUUUCCUACUAAUAAUAUCGUUAGUAAUAAAUAUAUUUGAUGAGGUUUUGUCCUGUCGGUACAACGAAUUUAGUUGUAGAUUAAUUUUAAGACUACAAUUCAAUAUUGGCUGCUCUGAAUCAUUCCAAAUAAGUGAAAAUGUUGGAUUUUGGUGAUAGCUUUUCCCAAAGUCGUUUAAGAAUUUUAUGUUUAAUAAAAAAAUUCCAAAAUAAAACAAGAA